UGGACAUUGACGACAUCCACCAGCCUUUGAUGCUCGCAAUGGCCCCGCCUUCGGAUGUCGCGACGAUCCGUCGAGGUGCGAAGCUUGUGGGAUGCCCAUGCCACAGAAGAGCGUGGCUAUUUGGAGCGCGAAGAACUCGAAAGCCUCCUUCGACACCUUCACCAGAAACUUGGUGGCUCUGGAGAUCUUUCACAAGAAGCCAUCAAGCGCUGUGCGGAAGAACUGCAUGUCGAUGAGGAGAGUGGUGAGUUGCGUCAGGAGGUGUUUGGAAGAAGAUUCCAGCACCUAUGGGCAAAGAAGGAGGAACUUUUGGAACUCUCUCAAGCCAAGGCCCAAGCGGCGACGAGUGAAGGCGAUGCUCCAAAGAGGUCCAGCUCUGUGAGCCCCUGGUUGGCUGCGAUGCUGGACACCGAAGAUAGACAUUUUCCGGAGGGUACCGCUUGUUGGGCGCGAGAUGCGUUGAUCAUGACAGAAAAAGAAGACUUGAUGAGUGCCAUCAAGAAGGAAAUUCCUGGACCAAGUGCAGGCACUCAGGCCCGACUUCUUGUGAUCGAGGGUGGACGUCAAGACGCUUCGCGUCUUUGCAUCAAAGACACUGCCGGCGACAUUGGUUGGGUGAGCAUAAAGACCAAAGAUGGACGCCCGCUUCUUCGACCUGCUUCUGCUUGGUUGGCCUUGGCAGAACCUCAGCAUGAAAAGGAUGCUGUCCUUCGGUCAGUGCAACAGCUGUGGCAACAACAUGGAGAAGCACAAGCGCAAGGCGCGGAUCUGGCAUCUGAACUCCUGGCAGCACACCAUCAAGCCCUGCAGCAAAAUGCCCAAAACUGGUGUCAAGAGCAGGAGAUUGAGCAGUUGGAAGAUGACUUAGAUGCAGAGGAGAAGGCUUGCAAGGCUUCCAAGCGAAAGAUCAAGGAAACCGAGCAAAAACUCGCAACGGAAGUGGAAAUGUGCAAGCAGCAGGAGCGGAAAUUGAAGCCAGCCCUGCAAGAGCAAAGCGAAUUUGCCCGAACAAAGACCCAGCUAUUGGAAGUUGAAAGCGAGGCUGGCCGGCUGCGGCUCGAACUGGAGGACGCCAAGGCUGCAAGUCGACAAGAGCAGAAGGGAAAGGAAGAGCAGCAGGAAUUUCGGCUGGCAUCCAUGACAGCAGCGAUGCACGAUGAGGUGAACAAGUCCCAUGAACGGCUGGCUCUGAGCGAGAAGGCAUUGACCGCAGCACAAAAGUCCUUGCAGAUCUUCGAGGAUGAGGAAGAAGGAAAACUUUUGAAAGCAGCAGACGAUUUGAGGCGACACAAGGACCAUGCCAGAGCGGAAGCCGCAGCUCUUGACCAGUGUGAAUUCAAACUGGAGACUGUUGAGAAACGUGAAAAGACCAGGUCCCUCUUUGAAAACGUGCAGGUCGAAUUCCAUCACAAGGAGAAACGAACGAACGAUGAGCUCCGUGAAGCAACUCAACUUCGAAACGAAGCUGCGCAAGCUGCUGAUGAGGCCCUGGCUUUGCGCAUCAAGUUGGCCAGAGAAGAUCAGGAUUUGUCUGCUCGGCAGGCUUUUUUGGUAGCAGCAGAACAUCAGGCAGCAGAAAAGCUGGAAUCUGCGUCAGUUGAACUGGACCGGGCAAGAAUCUUGACCCAGGAGCUCAAUAGAGACAAGGCAGAGGCCUUCAGCGAGUUGUCAGAAGCAAAGCGAGUGUCAGCGCGAGCUCGAGAAGAAAGGGAGCUGGCACACCAACAAUCAAUGGAAGCAGAGAUGGCAGCCUACGAGGCGAUGAAAGCGUGCAAAGCAGCUGAAGAUGAUCGGACAAAGGUGGAGCACUCACUUCUUUUGGUGACAGAAGAUCUGGAAAAGGCAGCGCGACAACAUCGAGAGGGACAAGACCUUGCGCUAAAGGGUGAAUCCUCGUUGCGCCAGAUGCAAGCAAUUGAAGCGCAGGUUCUUUUUGCUCUGCUGCUGACUCGACUUGCUUUCAAAUGGAGCGAAGAAAUGUGGCUCAAUAUAGCGAGGAGAACCGGCGACUGUCCCAAGCUUUAGCCAGCGAGAGAGCAGCAUGCACGGAAUAUCGGACUGAGAAGGAAAGGAUGCAGCUUGAGCUUCGUGAUUUGAGCCGUCUCACCCGUUUCGCAUCUCCACGGACGCGUUGAGUUGGGAACCAAAGA